AUGAAACUCACCACCGCCCUAUGCCUAUUGAUCGCCUCCUUCGGCACCCUCACCACCGCAACCCCCAACCCCGCCAGCGUCCUCGACAUAGUCGCCAACCCCAAAGGCGUCUGCCAGACCAAAAACCCGCGCGUCGUCAAAGCCAUCGACCUCUUCUGCCACCGCAGCGGCACCAAGCUCACCGUCCCCUCCCUCUUCGCCCAUACAGGCGUAUAUCUCAAACCACAACCUCCGCAUUCCCCGAACGAAGUCUUUGUUUGGAUCGAGGGGACUUGCAGUCCGCCUCAGUGGGUUCCGCAAGAGGUUUGUCGGAAACAGUUUUUUCAGAUGUGUGCGACGGGUGGGGGCAAAGGAGGGGCGAAGGUUCGGUAUGGGAGGGAUGGGUGUCAGGGGUGGAAUAUUUUGGUGAAGAAGCCGUAG